AUUCGUAGAUAGAGAGUUGAAGCCGAGCCUUUAACAUCUUCGCUGUUUUUCCAAAGAGAAAACAAAAUGUGAAGAAAGAAUACCUUUCUGUUGAUUUUUUAUAAAUUUUUCUCUCUAUCUCCUAAAAAACGACAACUCUAAAUUUAAGUUGUGUGUGAGUGUUGGAAUAAGUUUGCAUCGUCUUUAGGAGAUAACUUCUAUUUCGAUUAAAGUAAAAAAAUAUGGCACAAAAAAUGGAUACUAGUGAUUAUCCUAUGACUGCUACAACCAUUUCCACUGUUGCUGUACAAAGUGGAAAAGCCAAAAUUAUUUUGGCUAUUUUAAGAAGUAAUGACUGGGUUCGAGUUCGAAUUCAGCAAAUGGAACCGGACCUUAUGGAUGCCGGUGUUUCACUCGAUGAAGCCAGACGCUUGAGAGAUCAGCAUAAUGACCUAUUGGUUAAAUUGCAGCAAAAGCAAGCUGAUGUCAUAAAGCUUUUACAACAAGCUGAUGAGGCGGUUAUAGCUGAUCUUGAAAGACAAGGAGCAAGUGAAGAUCAACAACAAAUGCUUUACUCUGCUAUGACAGAAUCCUUGUCCGAAGCUUGGAAAGAUUUAACUUCUCAGUUAGAAUUAAGAAAGCUACUUUUAGAACAAAGUAUUGCUUUCCACUCAGCGGCCAAUUCUUUUAGUGCCCAGAUGCAAUCUGCCCAGAGUCAAUUCAAUAACGUUGGUAUUGCCCAUGAUAUUGAAACUGCUAGAAGACUUUUAGAUCAGCAUCAAAAUUUCAAGAAAAAUAUCUUGGAGUCUUCAAUGAAUACUCUGCAAGAGGGGCAAUCCCUUUUGUACAGGAUAAGGGAAAUGGGUAUGCACGCUGAUGUUCAAAGCAGACAUGCGACGACGGCUGCUUGUUAUGGAAUUGAGCACUUACUAGAAUUAUUGCAGGAUCGAAGACGCCAGCUGGAUGAGCUAUGGCUUCAAAGGAAAAUUCAACUAGAACAGUGUUUACAAAUGCUCUUAUUAGAUAAGGAAGUUCAUAAAAUUUCUGAAUGGUUUACAUCGGUUGGAGAUCAAUAUCUCAGCAUAACCGAUCUAGGAACAGAUUAUGCUUCUGCUGCACAGCUGCAGCAAAAGCAUUAUCAGUUUGAAAUGCAAGCAAAGGAAAUGGAGGAAACAGUCCUUCGACUUAUUCGUACGGCUGAUCAACUUGUUCACAGUUCGCACUAUGACGCCGAAGGUGUUCAAAGACGCCUUAAACAAGUUGACUCGCAAAGUGAAUCAUUUAUGCUAAAAAUGGAUGAUCGUAGGCGUAAUUUGGCUAUGGCAACAUCAUUUUUUUCUCAAGCAAAAUCAACUCUUGGAAAAUUAGCGGAAAUCGAAAGACAAGUAAAAAUGGAUGAUAGUUCAACAAUGGCUGAUGCUUACCAUGUUAUUUCUACUGCUGUUGUCGAAGCAACAAGCUCUGCUCUACAUGAUGGUCGAGCUCUAUUGGAGAGGACAGGCCGCGGUGAUUCCGGCUGUAAAGGAAUUAUUGAUAUGUUGGAAAUAAUUGAAACACGAGCUCAUGAUCUGUUGAAGAGUUGCGAAUCAAAAUGCGAUACCAGCUCAAAAAGUCCUCAGUACUAUGAAUUUCAAGAUAAAUACACAGAAUUAUACACAUGGUUAAUUCGUAUCGUUCAAACGAUGUUAGAACAGGAAUCUCAACUUGGAGACAACUUAACUUCAUCCAAAGACUUUUUAGAUGCACACGAAAGGCUUUACGAUGAUAUGCAAUCUAAACAGUGCAAUGUAGAGCGAAUCGUCAAAUUGUCUAACGAUUUACAAGGCUCGAGCGAUAUUGUCGCCGAUGAUGUUGACAGAAAGGUAUCAACUUUAAGAGAUCAAUGGAAUAGCCUACACGACUCUGUAGAAAGAAGAGUACAUUUAUCAUUAGCCUAUGUCGCCUUUCAUAAGACAGCUAUGCACUUAUCUCAAAAGAUGGAUGCGCUUGAACAAUUUGUUAAAAUUGAAAAAGUCGAUCCAUCUACAAUAACGGACGGAUCUGUGAAACAUAAGGAAGAAACUUGGCAAGAAAUGAAUAAAGGAUACAAUGAUGUUGAAUCAAGUGGAAAAUCUUUUGUUAAUAAUGCUGCUGAGUUGAAUGAACGUUGGUUGGAUACUCCUCAUGCUGUUCGCGUAGUAGAGACGACUAUUAGUAGAUUAAGUCAACGACGUCGUCUCCUCUCUGACUACUACGAGAAUUGGCGUGUUCAUGUGACUAGCGGACGAGAAUUCAAGUCUCAAUGGCACCAAUUUAUUCAAGAUGCUAGAAAGACAAUUGACAACAUAAUGCGCAAAGAAGACGACUUUUUCCCAGCAAUUGCCGCCGAACUAGGCUCUUCGGCUUCGAAUACUAACGAAUAUAGAAAAAAAUUAGAAGAAUUCAGACCAUUUGUUCGGAAAGCGCAAGAGGAAAUUGAAGGUCAUCUUAGAAUGGCGGAAAAGCUGUCUUUGAAAGGGGAUAGUCAUGGUGAAAAAGAAAAGAUUGUUAAUGAACUCUUGAAAGUUCAUUCUAGACUUUCGGCUCGUGUAAACGAGUAUAAUAUACUUUUGAAUAUGACAAGUAGAUUUUUCGAACAGCUAAAUAAGCUGGAUGAAUUAAUUUCAAUGACUGAGAAGCAAUACAAAGCGACACCUUUACCUAAGGAUGUUGCCCAUGCUGAAAUUAUGCUUCAACAGCAUGAAAAUAAUAGACAUAAAGUUUUAAAACAGAUUGAUUUCGUUGCCGAUGAUGGAGAAACUAUUGUGAAGCGUGUGAGGCAACAAGAUUCAGAAGCUACUGCAAAAGACGAAGUUCAGAAUGUCCUGCAGCUUACCGAAGAUAGACGAGAGACGUGGGAAAGAGCUUGGGAAGCUCAACGUCGAAAACUGGAACAGAAUUUACAUAUAUGCCAAUUUUAUUUCGAUUUAAAAACCCUGCAUUCAGAGCUUGAUGAAUUACAUCGUCAAUUAGAGGCUAAAAAGGGCAACUACGGAACGUCUCUUUCAUCUGUUAGGACUAUUUCUGAAGCCUUUAAAGCCUUCGAAUUAACGACUGAGCUCGUUAAGAAGAAACUGGAUAACUUUGAGCAGGCAUCGAAGGAAGAACUUUCUUCAAUCGACGAUGCCGACUCCGCAAGUAUUGAAAGAGAAAUUGAUUCGUUAAAGAGAAAGUGGCAAGCAUUCUGGGAUGCUGUUCAAAUGUACAGAAGAGCUCUUGAUGUUGCUGAAGAUUUCUUCAAUGAAAUGGAAGAAUGCGAAGAAUUUAUCAAAACUAUUUACGACGUAUCUUCUAAAAUAAGAAAAGAUGCCGUCAAAUGUACAACUUCUCAAGAUGUGGCUUUACUAUUGAAAACUUUGGAUAACUUUAGAAAAGAGGGUUGUAACAAGCAAAAUGAACGACUAUCAAAUAUGGAUGAUAGAAUAAACAUUGUUUUUGGAUCUAGAGGGCAGAGUCGCCUAAAAAAUAUUGUUGACAGGAAUAAUGAAGCCGUUAAUCACCUUAGUCGCGUUGUGGAUGAGUUAUCAGAAAUCAAUGAUCACUUAAUUAAAAAAGAACAGCUUGUUUCCGUAAUGGAGCAGGUAGUUGACGCUCCGAAAACUGCUAAACCGAAAAUUACAAGUCCUUUACAAAAUGCUCAGGUCACAGAAGGUCAAAGAGUUGUAAUGGAAUGUCACAUCCAAAGCGAUGUUAUACCGAAAAUUGAAUGGUAUAAAGACAAUAUAUUAAUAUCUUCUCCCGACUAUCAACCGCACUUUCAAAAUGGAAGAGCAACAUUAACAAUUGACGAAACUUUCCCGGAUGAUUCUGCAAAUUAUACAUGCAAAGCUUUAACUCCAACAGGGAGUGCAGAAACUAGUGCCAAUCUGUUUGUUAAAGAAACUCACCGUAAAGUAGAUCCUCCCGAAUUCACCCGGCAGCUGCGGUCGGUAUGUGAGGUACCGGAAGGUACCCAGCAUGUUCUUGAGUGCCAUGUUACCGGAAUACCCACACCAAAUAUAUCGUGGAUGAAGAAUAAUGAGUGUAUCGAUGAUGAACCGGAAUACGUUAUAACAAAGAUCAACGGAACAUGUUGUCUAAAGAUCAGGAGAGCCACUCGGGAGCACUCCGCAAAAUAUACAUGCUUAGCAGCAAAUAACGGGGGUUCUGCUAGUAGUUCUUCAACUGUUCACGUUUUUCGUCAAAAUACUAUUCUUGCAGCGGUUGAAAAGCCCAUAAUUAGAAAACAACUACCGAAUGUUGCUGCUACUGAAGGAAAUCCCGUUAAACUCAAGAUGGACUUUAGCGGGAGACCACCUCCGCAGGUCACUUGGCUAAAAGGAGAUAAACCAAUACACAAUUCUCACGUUCACAAGCUCACUUAUAGAAAUCGUUUCAAUGUUGUUUUUUCAUUACAAGUCGUAGGGAAAGUCGGCGAAAUUGAGUUAGGCCUGGAUUGCAAAUAG